AGUCACAUAGAUUUGAGUUUUAAAUUCGGUUUUCUUUAUUGAAGUAGAGAAUUUAUCUUGAAGAAUGACUCCAUUUUUGCUAAUAAUUGGUUUUAUAUUCCAGAAUGAAGUGAUCAAGCCUACAAUUGAUGGAUUUUUGAGCCUCAUAAGAUCAUGUGCUAAAGCAAAAACUGUUAAGAGAAUAGUGUUCACUUCCUCUGCUGGAACUGUAAACGUUGAAGAACACCAAAAAUCAGUCUAUGAUGAAACCGACUAUAGUGACAUGGAUUUCAUAUAUUCCAAGAAAAUGACUGGAUGGAUGUAUUUUGUUUCCAAAAUUUUGGCGGAGAAAGCUGCGUUGGAAGCAGCUAAAGAGAACAAUAUUGGUUUCAUUAGCAUUAUACCAACAUUAGUAGUUGGUCCAUUCAUCACGCCAACCUUACCACCAAGCCUAAUUACUGCUCUUUCGCCAAUCACUGGGAAUGAAGCACACUACUCGAUCAUUGCGCAAGGUCAGUAUGUGCAUUUGGAUGAUCUAUGUGCGGCUGAAAUAUUCUUGUAUGAGUGUCCUAAUGCUGAGGGAAGAUUUAUUUGCUCUUCUCAUGAUGCAACCAUUUAUGAUUUGGCAAAAAUGGUUCGAGAGAAAUGGCCUGAAUAUGAUGUCCCUACCGUGUUUGACGGCAUUGAUAAGGACAUAGAAGUGGUGAGUUUCUCCUCCAAGAAGCUGAUAGAAAUAGGUUUUACUUUCAAGUACACAUGGGAAGACAUGUACACAGGAGCUAUUGAAACAUGCAGAGAGAAGGGAAUGCAGCCAUAUUCCACUAUAAACCAACCCAAGGAAUGAGACAAGGAGUUGCUUCUCGAUUCCGAGAAAUUCCAUGCCCAUGAUCAAGAGAAUGAUACAAAUGGCAGGGUGUAGAAUAUAACAAAAAAGGUCUUCUUUUUCUGCUUUGUUUGUUGCCCCGAUGUGUUUUUGGGUGAAGAUCAUGUGUGGUUUACUUUGGAAAAAUGGUUUAAGUGCAACUUUGAGCUCAUACUUGAUUGAUUGGGAUCCAUACUCUGAUUUAAUGGGAUAAGACAUUUACCUGCUAUUUUCUGAGAUGAUUAACAUGAUAUAUUUAUUUGUUGAA